AUGUGGACAACGUUGAAGGUGGUGCACGUCCUGUCUACACCAAUUCCAAAACUUGAGGAGGAUGACACAGUUGAAAAUCUGAGACGCCGAUCAAAGUGGGAGAACGACGACUACAUAUGCAGAGGGCACAUUCUUAACGGUAUGUCUGAUCCCUUAUUUGAUAUUUACCAAAACGUGGAAUCUGCAAAGGAAUUGUGGGAUUGUCUCGAAGCCAAGUACAUGGAAGAGGACUCAUCCCGUAAAAAGUUCCUGGUGACCAAUUUCAACAAUUACAAAAUGGUUGAAUCUAGGUCUGUCAUGGAACAAUUCAAUGAACUCCUUCGAAUCCUUGGACAGUUCACACGACAUGGAUUAAAGAUGGAUGAAACAAUAUUUGUCUCAAGCAUCAUAGACAAGUUGCCUCCUUCAUGGAAGGAUUUCAAACACAAUCUGAAACAUGGAAAAGACGAACUGUCUUUGAUCCAACUUGGAAGUCACUUGCGCAUAGAGGAAUCUCUACGAGCGCAUGAGGAUAACAAAGGAAAAGGCAAAGAAAUUGAUGAUGCUAUCGCGUGGUGGAUUGAUUCUGGCGCCACAAUACAUGUUUGCAAGGAUCGUUUCUGGUUCAAGACUUUUGUUCCAGUGGAAGAUGGUUUUGUUCUAUACAUGGGAGAUGAUCACUUCGCUCCUGUUGAAGGCUAA